AUGAAGAAGAUUCUUCCCUUGAAGUUUAAGGGCACCAUGCGGGAGACAAUGCUUAAAUAUUACCAAGAACCUACUGGGACACAGCAUCAGAUCCAACGGUCUGAGAAUGACUUUGACCAGGAACAAGGCUCGAAGGAGUACGGGUUUUGGAUGGCCUACAGACAGUUGUUUCUCUUUGCAAUGCGGCAUUUUUUUGGUCUUACCAACGUUCGGCCACUUGCCCUCAGCUCUCACAGAUCGAAAUUCGAAACGUCAGAGCUAUGGAGAAGGUUCAAGUCAUGUGCAAGAGCCAUUGGCUUUGUUCUACCUGGUUCGAAUUGGCCGAAGGACCGCAAUCAAGGUCCUUUUCCUUCGGGGUACACACUCGAAUGUGCUGCCAUACAUCAAUUAAUCACCCGCCUACGACCCCCUGAGCUGUUCUCUUGCGACCAAGCUAAGUUUUCUGAGACUAGUGGUCAGAUAAUCUCUCUCCUGAGCACAAUCACCGCACGCAAACUCAGUAAUAUCAUAACUCCGCAGACAUGCGAAAUGAUCGAGACGUGGAGUGUGGAGCGGCGCUGCGGUAUGCCAACCGCGGAUACAUUCUUCCACGACCAGAAAUAUCUUUUCAUGCAUUACAUAGAUGCAACAAACCAACCGGCUGGCGUAGGGAUGAGCUCCUUUGCAGUAAAGCGCGAUAUCUUUAGGUCAUUCUUUGCGGACUUUGAUGAUGGUAGCCGCAUGGACGAAACCAUGGCCCCUGUUACGAUGGUAUCCAUAUCAGAGCCACUGCGAGAUAUACCCGUCAGCCUUGAGCUACAACAGAAUCUAGAACUGAAGUUCAGAUAA